ACACUUAACCCUCCUUGCCUCCAGUGUUGGCAUCGAGUGUGGAUGAAUGUUCGGUGAUGUUUGGAGAGGCCAUAGGCGCGGAUUGGCAGCCACGUUUCCGUUAGCCUGCCCCAGUACAGCUGUGGCUACACACGUAGCUUACCAUCACCAGAACUUUUGUUUUCCUGCAGACUGCCAUUAUGGUCUGUUUAUUUCUGAUGCUUAUGGUGGUCACGAUCACCUGUGCAUAUGGAAUACCUGCACUACCUCCUCUCCCUAUAAAAGACGGCUGCAACCAGGUGGAAUCAGAGUUGACGAUGGUACGACUUGCGGGCGAGGCCGUAAUCCUGGACUUCCCGAUAUUCAUGAGCGUUGUCAAAAAACGCAAAAUUGUCCCACCAGCAGCAAAAUACCAAAUCAGCAAGACCAAUCAGACAGAUGGCAUAGUCUUUCACCAUGAGGGACGUGUCCAGCAACAUGAUGAACAGCUGUGGUUCCUCCCAGCUCAGGCUUCAGACUCAGGAAAUUAUACCUGCACUUACCGAAAUGAUAGCUACUGUGUUACUGGGAAUAUCACGUUACUUGUGUACGAGUCCACCUCUGUUGACAUGACACAACUGUCUCAUCCACUGGAUGCAAUGAUGGGAGAGGAGCUUAAAGUGUUUUGUCCAUCACUAAGCCGCUUCAACUACACUUACACACAGAUAGACUGGUAUAAGGACUCCAGCCCCACAGCUCUUCAGCCAGGCAGAGAGGGGAACAGAGGGAGUCUCAUCAUCCCUGCGGUGAGGCGACCCCAUGCAGGUCUUUACACCUGCAAGCUCACAGUGCUCAUCAACAACCAACAAUACAAAGUCAGCAGAGUGUUCAAGCUCCAAGUAACAGGUCCAGAAUAUGAAAUUACUCCCUCAAACCCUGUGCCUGAAGUCUCCACAACAUCAGACCCAGGGCUCCUCAGCACCAAAGCCUACAGGACUAUUAAUUCACUGACAGCUCAACCACCUGUGAUCAUCUCACCUGUGACUGGAACUGUUCUUGAAGUUUCACCUGGUUCAGGCCUGGAUCUGUUCUGUCAGGUGCAGACUGAAUGUCAAAUGGCAGAUUCCACUCUUGUCACAUGGCUGGUAAAUGGCCAGUCAGUAGAGCUAUCAUACCUUGAAAGACGGGCUCUGCAGGGUGAGAAAAGGGUAACCAGGGUGUCCAAAGGCUGCCAGGUGGAGUUGAAACUAAUUAUUUCAGUAAUAACCGAAGAAGAAGAGAAAACGGAGAUGAAAUGUGUCGCUCAGAACGCAGGAGGGAGAAGUGAAGUUGUUGCACAGAUUCAACUGGAAGAUUCGCCCUUUACUUGGCUGAUUGUGGCCGUGGUGGCCGUUUUCUUCUUCCUGACCGUAGUCUCCGUCUUCAUCUAUGUGCUCUUCAAACCUAAAAGGAAGAAGAACAUGGAUUACUUUCUUGCUCGACAGAACAGCACCUUCUCAGUCUAGCUUUUAUUAAAACAGUUUAUGCAUUUGUUAUCACUGGAGUGAUCCUGAAUGUAAUACAGAAUGACCGACCGAAGUGAUGUAACAAUGCAGUACUCCAUCUUAGUUUUCAUUCAGAUAUUUUUCCAGCUCAGCAGCUCAGCCAUAAGCUCUACCUUUGCAAAGUGUGUGUUUAGUUUUGAUGAGGAACUAAAUAAAUGUUACUGAGAUUGCGGUCUGUGUUGGUGUUAUACUGGAAUACAUUUUACUGAAAUUUGUUUACAAUAUUCUUCCUUUUUGUCAGUGGGGUGGUGAAUGGAGUCCAGUUCAGUUUGUUGGUUAAAUAAAAUCAAAUACCUCACUGAGACUGUUGGUGAAAACAGAAACUCAGCUUUUUAGGCAUAUUUUACCUCUGAGCUGCUGUGUUGGAAUCCAUUAUGUACAACUUAUGUAUUGGUGUCUUUUUUUCUUAAAGAAUGUAUUGAAUAUUCUCAGGGAAACAUUUUGUACCAGUUUAAUCUCACAUUGUGCAUCUUCAUAAUUACUCAAACUUUGACAUAUUGACAGAAGGAUCAUUUCAAAAACUCUGAAAUUAGUUAAUCUGUUUAUUUUUUCAAUGGAGCAUAAUGUUAUACUCCCAAUAUAAAAUAAUAAAGUAUUAAAUUAG